CACAAGUCUUAAACAACCUAAUCAUGAGGGUUCUUCUGAUGGUGGUUGUUUUUAUGAACUUUGGCAUAUUCUUUAGGACAGGAAACUGCUCAUCUACACAUGACCAGGUUCUCUCAAUAACAGUCUCAACGCAAGAGCAAGCAGAUGUUGUAAAGAAUAUAUCCAGCCGAUAUGAGACAGUGUUGUGGCAACCUGCUUCACUUCUGUACAUCAAAGCAGACAGCGAGGUCCACCUGUUUGUUCCAGCAAAUUCCUCCGGGAUUGUACAAGACCUUCUCCAAAGACACCAUGUAACACAUAUAGUGUUACUGACCAACACAGAGGAACUGAUAGAGAUGCAAACCAGGAACUCAACAGACCCUCGUAGCAACUGGUCAUAUUAUGAGAAAUAUCAUACUUUGGAAGAUAUCUAUCACUGGAUAAACAAGACCACCCAGGAACACCCAAACAUGGUCAAAGCCAUACUAAUUGGUUCAUCAUAUGAGAAAAGACCACUCUAUGUCCUCAAGUUGUCAGGAGAGGAGAAAGCUGACAAGAAAGCAAUGUGGAUCGACUGUGGCAUUCACGCUAGAGAGUGGAUUUCCCCUGCUUUCUGCCUGUGGUUUGUGCAGCAUUGUUUAGAUCAUUACAAGCAGAAUCAAGACAUAACCCAAAUGUUAAACACACUGGACAUCUAUAUCCUCCCGGUGAUGAAUCCUGAUGGAUACAAAUACACAUGGACCACGAACCGAAUGUGGAGGAAGAAUCGUUCCUCGAGGAAGGACAUUUAUUGCAUUGGAACUGACCUCAAUCGGAACUUUGAUGCCAACUGGUGCACUGAAGGUGCCUCUAACCAACCUUGUGAUGAGACCUACUGCGGACAGUUUCCUGAGUCGGAACCGGAGACACAGGCUGUGGCCAACUUCCUGCGAAGCCACAAGGAGUCUGUGAAGCUCUACUUCAGUAUCCACUCCUACUCUCAGAUGUUGCUCUUCCCAUAUUCCUGCUCUCACGACGAGGCUCAAAACCAUGACGAGCUGCUUGAGCUAACCAGGGAGGCUGCUAUGAAAAUCAAAAGGUAUUACAGGAACAACUACAGAUAUGGUGCAGGAGCAAAAACCAUAUACCUGGCCCCUGGUGGCUCUGACGACUGGGCUUACAAGCUGGGUAUCAGCUAUGCUUUCACCUUUGAGCUCCAGGACACAGGGCGUUAUGGAUUCCUCCUACCACCAUCACUUAUCUCUAGGGCCUGCAACGAAGCCCUUGUUGCAAUGAAGAGUAUCACUAACGGUGUCAUGAAGAAGAUACAAUGAAGUCAAUCAAUGUCUUUAUGAGUCUCAGAAAGUCAAUUGGGUGUUUUGCUUGAGCAAAUCACACUUCUUGUAUGGAUUGCCACCAUUUAGCCACUAGGUAUGAGUAUCAUGGCUGAGUGGAUACAUCUUUAAUGUAAGCAAAGCUGAAUAAAGACAACUUUUCAACUGGA